AUGACUCAGUGGCUCGAGUACGACCGGAAGGUCCGUGGUUUGAAACUGACCUCUGUCUCUCGACUUACCAUGUCUGGGCUUGGGCAAUCUGGCAAUAUCCCAGCCCUCGUGCUUCCUUCAGGUGACAUGGCAGUUGGCCGCCGAAAGGGUGCUGAACGAUCGAAUUUCAUAUGUGCCAUUGCGGAGACCAACACCGAAUGUAAGCUCAUCAAAAUGGACAACUUUUGCGUCAAGUGGUCUGAAGUUGUUAGUCAGGGUGUCGGUCGUUCCCCGUCGUCGACAGCAGAUGUGCAGCUCACCCAUGACAAGCUUCUUUACGUGUUGCCCCCGAGUAGUCUAACCGGUCAACUGAAGCGAAGCAGAAUGCACGAGUCAGCAUCUCCACACUUGGUUGUGGAUCGCUCAUUUCGGAACCGUUUGGUGCAACUGGAGUUUGACACGGGUUUGGGCGACUUGAAGCUUCAAUUGUCUCGGGAUAUGUGCAAAGCCAGUGUACAUUUGGCGGAGCUGGUGACUUUAGAACAACAUAGAAUGGAGCAGUUUGCUCGCCGUCCGAAGGUCCCAGUCCGUUUGAAUGCCACAGAAUGGUGGAAAUAUAUAGCCGGAGAAAUACGCCCUCAACUGCGGCCACUAUUCAAUUCGACUUUGCGAAUCAAUCUCGUCGAGUUGGCCGCGGAAGCCAGGUCAAACUUGUUGUACGUCGACGCUUACACCAACUACCUUGUUCGUGGUUUGACCACCUUGUAUCAGCCGUCUUCUGCAAAGCAGCCGGUGGGUAGCAUGGAGUCCGACGGUCUGCCACAGUCAGAGUCAGAUUGUGCGGACUAUUUUCGAAGGCACGUAGCAGAUGAACAAUGGCCCGUUGGGCGCAUCGCUGCCCUUCGUCUCGUUGCAAUGCGCCGUGCAGCCUCCGUGUUGCAUGAGUUUGUGAAACCCCAACGUCUAAAACAGUCAGCAGACGUUUCGUCUCACAGUGGCUCACCGCUAUCCUCACCAUGUCCUAUUGAAGGAGGGAAUCACCACCAACAACAGCUAGAGCAACAGCGAACCUCGGUGUCUGCAUCUCCCGGCGCAAUGUCUUGGUACGCGUGGUGGAGGUAUUCAUCUCUUCUUGGAAUACGAACACUUUGGUACGGUCCGGAAGCCACCGAAGGUGUCAAACCUUCCCUGUCUCAGUCGGAUGAGAUAGGAUCAUCUCGGAGUCGAACGGUAGCCGAUUCGCCACCGACGGUGAAACAAGCCAUAUUCGAGCUGUUAGACGAAUUGGCGCUCAGCUCUGACCCGUUGGGUGAGGUGAAAUCGCCGAGCUGUGUCCCUGAAGGUGAUCUCAUUGCCUUUCGUCUCGUUUGUCGGGUUGUCGGUUGCUCGGUCCGACUGGUGGAGAACGAUUUUCAGUUUUCGCCCCCAUCAGAUUUUGUGAAGCUACUAAAGCGUUCAGCUGUAGCACCCCUGCGGUGCCUAGCUGCCAUCCCACCCGAAGGAAGCACGAGGGCUGGGAUACUGCCAGGUUGCCCAAGCCUAGACAGGGAAGUCGAGUGGCGGAGGUCGGAUUCGAACCACGAACCUACCGGUCAACUUGGGCAACCUGGCAGUAUCCCAGCCCUCGUGCAACCUUCGGGUGGCAUGGCAGCUAAGCCCCGAAAGGGUGCUACACCUGAACGAUCAAAGGUAUACAUUUUAGAGGGUGUUCACUUGUAUGCGGUGUACGUUUUAGAACACGUCGCCAUACAUGUUCCAACCCCCAACCUGGAGGACCAGGAGACUGUGUUCGUCAGACCUCUAACCAUUGACCAACCUGGUAUGAGAGACUCUGUGAGCAUCGUGCAGACACCCCCCAGUAUAGCUCAAUGGGUCGCCGAGGUACACACACCGCCACACCACGGCUUGGGCAAUCUGACAUUAUCCAAGUCAUCGUGCUUCCUACGAAUCGCGUGGCAGUUAGGCACCGAAAUGUUGCUACAGCUGGACGAUUUUUUUUCUACUUACGGCAGCCAUCCUGCGUUUAUUUCCGUCUGCGGCGAAAGUAUGCAGUUCACUGUGGAGGCUGAGCCGUGGCAACGGUCACUUCGUUUCGCUGCCAGUGUUGAAUCAUUCAUGGUUCGCGAUGAACGUCACCUUAUGGUUUCCACCACGUCUACAAACCUUGGUCAAUCCCGCCCUACCUUCCCAUUUGUUGUUUUCCCGCGUGUCUCGAAAGUUGAAUCAUCGUUAUCACGUUGCCCUCCAGACAAAGCUAUGGAGCAAACACAGUCGAGCGGUUUACUUUGGCUUGUGUAUGAAGUUCGACCUCCUGGGUCCAGUUUCGACUACAGGUGGUGUUCAACACGGAUGCUUCGCCGCUGUACAACCGUGAUUUAUUUGAAAGCCAUAUUGUGGAGAAAAGAAUAA